GGUCAGCUAUUACGAACAGUCACUGCAGGUGAUGCGGAGUGUCUAUGGCGAGGGCACUGACCAUUCUGAUAUUGUCGCUUCACUUAACAACUUGGGUACCGCCUGGAGCAACCUUGGGGAUUACAGGAAGGCGGUCAGCUAUCACGAACAGGCACUACAGAUGGAGCGGAGUAUAUAUGGCGAGGGUACUGAGCAUUCUGAUAUUGCCGACUCACUUAACAACUUGGGUAGUGCUUCGAGCAAGCUUGGGGAUUACAGGAAGGCGGUCAGCUAUUACGAACAGUCACUACAGAUGAGGCGGAGUAUCUAUGGCGAGGGUACUGAACAUUCUGAUAUUGCCGCCUCACUUAACAACUUGGGUACCGCCUGGAGCAACCUUCAGGAUUACAGAAAGGCGGUUAGCUAUCACGAACAGUCACUACAGAUUAAGCGGAGUAUAUAUGGCGAUGGCACUCAACAUUCUAGUAUUGCCAUCUCACUUAACAACUUGGGUAACGCCUGGAGUGACCUUAGGGAUUACAGGAAGGCGGUCAACUAUUACGAACAGUCACUAGAAAUGAGGCGGAGUAUAUAUGGCGAGGGUACUGAACAUUCUGAUAUUGCCGACUCACUUAACAACUUGGGUACCGCCUGGAGCAAGCUUGGGGAUUACAGCAAGUCGAUCAGCUAUCACGAACAGUCACUACAGAUGAGGCGGAGUAUCUAUGGUGAGGGGACUGAGCAUUCUGAUAUUGCCGCAUCACUAAACGACUUGGGUAACGCCUGGAGCAACCUUGGGGAUUACAGGAAGGCGGUCAGCUAUUACGAACAGUCACUACAGAUGAGGCGGAGUAUCCAUGGCGAUGGCACUGGACAUUCUGAUAUUGCCGACUCACUUAACAACUUGGGUAACGCCUGGAGAGACCUUGGGGAUUACAGGAAGGCGGUCAGCUAUCACGAACAGUCACUACAGAUGAAGCGAAGUAUCUAUGGUGAAGGCACUGAACAUUCUGAUAUUGCACACUCACUUAACAACCUGGGUAGCGCCUGGGACGACCUUGGAGAUUACAGGAAGGCGGUCAGCUAUCAUGAACAGUCACUACAGAUGAGGCGGAAUAUCUAUGGCGAAGGCACUGAACAUUCUGAUAUUGCACACUCACUUAACAACUUCGGUAACGCCUGGAGCAACCUUGGGGAUUACAGGAAGGCGGUCAGCUAUCACGAACAGUCACUACAGAUGAGGCGGAGUAUCUAUGGCGAGGGCACUGAACAUUCUGAUAUUGCCGACUCACUUAACAACUUGGGUAACGCCUGGAGCAACCUUGGAGAUUACAGGAAGGCGGUCAGCUAUCACGAACAGUCACUACAGAUGAGGCGGAGUAUCUAUGGCGAGGGCACUGAGCAUUCUGAUAUUGCCGAUUCACUUUACAAUUUGGGUAUCGUCUGGAAUCACCUUGGGGAUUACAGGAAGGCGGUUAGCUAUCACGAACAGUCUCUGCAGAUGAAGCGGGGUGUCUAUGGCGAGGGCACUGAACACUCUGAUAUUGCCGCCUCACUCAACAACCUGGGUACCGACUGGAGGAAGCUUGGGGAUUACAGGAAGGCGGUCAGCUAUUACGAACAGGCACUACAGAUGAGGCGGAGUAUCUAUGGUGAGGACAGUGCCCAUCCAGAUAUUGUCUGCUCACUCAGCAAGUUGUGCGUUGCCUGGAGAGACCUUGGCGAUUACAAAAAGGCCAUCGAAUAUUUACAUAAGAAGAAACAGAUUGAACAGAUGAUCGGAACCUCAGCUGAGUAAUCAGUACAAACAUGUCCCAUUCUUAGUAGCUGUGUAUGAACUCCUCUACCAAAGUUGAUGUACUUUUACUUAGCAACAUUUUGUAAAGAGAGCAGAUAAAGGGAGUAAGAUUACAGCGCAAUCAUAUUGGACUGUUGGGCACUAAUAGUACAAAUCAGUUAAAUGUAAUCUGUAACUUACGAAGAGAUCGACUCAUUUAGUUAAAAUUUUAACUUUAUUAGCAACAUCUUAUUACCCUGCCGAUGAGUCGAUUCUAUGACAGGAAUACAACGCAUGCGACAUGGGUAGCUUAGGUCUAACGAACAGUUAUGAAGUGAUGUGUUGCUCUCCAAGUAGAGGUUUGGGGUUUUGGGUUAUUUUGGCGUGUUUCUUUUUUUUUAA